UUGACAUGUGUGCGCACGAUUUCCUUUCGCUCCGUUAUCUCGCGUAAUAAUAAAAACGCACUCUUAUACAUUAUAAUAUGGUUGAAUUUGUACGUAUACCGAUCAGCCAAUCUAUAAUCGACUAAUAGUUACAUGUAGAAUUUUUGAAAGUAUAACAUAAGUUCAAUUAUCUGCCGGGCCUUUGCAGAACGUCGGAAAUACAUAAUAAUAACUUAUUGUUCGCUUUUCUCAAUAUAAUAUUUGAAAUUUAAGUACCUAUACCGAAAUGAAUAGAACUGCUAAUUGUUCGCUGUGGCUGUGGAAUACUUUACUGUUAUCAUUUCUCGUUACAACUACAUCAGCUAUAAUUCAAUCACCACCUAAUAUUAUUAAAGAACCAUCUACUAAUGAGCUACUGUUUCAAGUAGCUACUGAUCAAUAUUCUAAUGAUAAACCAUUUAUAAUCGAUUGCGAAGCAGAAGGAGAGCCAGUUCCAAAAUAUCGAUGGAUGAAAAAUGGUAAGAACUUUGAUUGGCAAGCAUAUGAUGACAGAAUAGCUCAAAAGCCUGGCAGUGGUUCUCUCGUAGUUAUCAAACCUAGAGAUGAAGAUCUUGGACAAUAUCAAUGUUUUGCUGAAAAUUCUUGGGGUAUAGCUACUUCUAAAUCUGUGAUGGUUGUGAAAGCUGAACUAAAUUUGUUUAGCAAUGAACCAAACCUCUAUAUUGAUGCUCAAGAAGGCGAGCCAUUUAAACUAAGUUGUCAUCCUCCGACUGCAUGGCCUAAGCCAGUUGUAAACUGGCUAAAAAAGAAUGAAAAUGGCACGAAUGCUGUUGACAGUAGUAGAAUAACGGUAGACCCAGAGGGUAAUCUUUGGUUUUCGUAUGUAACGCAACAUGACGCUAACUCUGAAUAUCAUUGUUAUGCUAAAUCAUUGAUAAUGAGUGAAUUUAAAUAUGGUAAUCCUGUAUAUAUAAAUGUUAUUCAAACUGCUGGAACAUUAUUACAAAAUAAAUAUCCACCUGUUCGACAGUAUGUAAAUAGAAGGAAUGAAGUAGCAUUAUUAAAUAAAGCAGUUGAAUUGUUUUGUAUUUAUGGUGGAUCCCCAUUACCCCAAACUAUUUGGUUAAAAGACGGAAGGGCCAUACAAUUCAAUGAACGGAUUAUCCUAAAAAAUUACGGAAAAAGUUUCAUUAUUAGGAAAGUAAAUUUUGAAGAUAGAGGAAAAUACACAUGUGAAGUUAGCAAUGGUGUGGGAUUGCCCGAAUCGUAUAAUAUUGUGCUUGACGUCAUGGCUGUCCCGAGUUUCACUAUCAUUCCACAAAUUGUGGAAGGAGGCGAAGGAGAAACUGCAGUUAUUAAAUGUGAAGCAAGUGGCAAUCCACAACCUUCAAUCAAAUGGAUUCAUAACGGUCGUCCAUUAAAUGAAGCAUCACCAAAUCCAAGACGCUCUGUUACUUCAAAUUGUAUUACAAUUACUUCAUUGACUAAGAAUGAUACUGGAAAUUAUGGCUGUAAUGCUACCAACAGUAUUGGAUAUGUUUAUAAAGAUGUUUAUAUUAAUGUAUUAGCUUUAGCUCCUGAAAUCGUUGAACUUUCACAAAAUGUAAAAACUUUUGAAGGCAGUACUACUGUAAUUAAAUGUAAAUCAUCUGGAGUACCUAAACCACAUACAAAGUGGACAAAAAAUAAUAUAGAAAUUACUGGUGGACGAUAUACAACACUAGAUAAUGGGGACUUACAAAUAAGAGGAAUCAGUUUUACUGAUGCUGGAAUUUAUAUUUGCAUUGCUACUAAUAAUUAUGGGACGGCAAAUGCCUCAGUAACACUUACUGUUAAAGAACAUACGAAAAUUAUCACUGAACCUGAAGAUAAUGUGGUUGUUUCUGGAUCAAUGGUGACAUUUCAAUGUACAGCAAUUGCGGAUCAUUCUUUGAAUCUUAAGAUUGUCUGGUUAGCUAAUAAUGAACCUAUAAAUUAUUAUACACAACCUCGUUAUGUUAAAAAUAAUGAUCAUUCUAUGACAAUAACUAAGACUAUUGAAUUGGACUCUGGAAUUUACACAUGUUUAGCUAAAACUGAGUUGGACCAAGUCUCAGCGAAUGCCACCCUUAUUGUUCAAGACAAACCAAAUCCACCAACAGUAUUGGAAAUCAUUUGUAAUAAUAGAAAUGCAGUUGUAAAAUGGAAAUCAAUGGGAGAUAAUCGUGCACGUAUCAUACGCUACACUGUUGAGUAUAAUACUAGUUUUGAUCCUGGCACUUGGUUAGUUGCAUCAGAUAAUGUACCUGCAUCUAAUCUCGAGUUAAUUGUACCAAUGACGCCGUGGGCAAAUUUUACAUUCCGAGUAAUUGCAAAGAACAACGUUGGUAAGUCGAACCCAUCUUUACAUUCAAGUGUUUGCACCACACAACCAGAUGUACCUUAUAAAAAUCCAGAAAAUAUUGAAGCUUAUAGUGUUGAACCAUCUAAACUUGUUAUUAGCUGGACACCAAUGCCAAAAAUCUGUCAUAACGCUCCCGGCUUAAGAUAUCGAGUUUAUUGGAAACAAAAUAUACUUGGUGAAGUAUGGAAUUUUAAAGAAAUAACAAAUUAUACUAUAAAUAAAUUAAGUAUCCCAAAUCAACCGAUAGACAAACAUUAUAAAGUAAAAAUUGUCGCAUUUAAUGAAAAGGGUGAAUCUAUCGGACUUCAAAAAGAAGUCAUUGGAUAUUCGGAGGAAAAUGUUCCAGUUGAUGCACCUCAAAAUCUAACUGUUAUAAAUGUUACUGGUAGUAAAAGUGCUAUUUUGAGUUGGGAACCAGUUUCACCUGAAUCUGUAAAAGGAACAUUUAAAGGCUACAAAAUCCAAUUUUGGACUGAUAGAGAUGGAAAAAAUAAUAAGAUUGAAGAGAAAGUUAGUUUAGAUAGAACAACGGUUGAAAUUAAGACAUUUUUUCCUAACGCUAAAAAUUUUGUGCUUAUUUUUGCAUACAACAGUCGAUUUAAUGGACCACGUAGUGAAUUAAUAUCUUUUGAUACACCCGAAGGAGUCCCUGGGCCCGUUCAUGGAGUAGAGACUGAUCAAUGGGGUUCUUCCGCAAUUUUGUUAAGUUGGCAACCACCGGACGAACCGAAUGGAGUAUUGACAGGUUACGAGAUUUCUUAUGAAUCAAUGACUCAACGAGGGGUAGGAGAAAGGGCAAAACUCCCAUCUAUUACCAAUCCUAAACAGACUACUGCCAAGUUAGCUUCAUUAAAACCAUCAACUAAUUAUCGAAUUUACAUCCAAGCAACUACAAAAGCUGGUGUUGGUGAACCAUUUUUUAUUGAACAACAAACCAAAUCUCCCUUACAAGUAGACACUGAACUGGAUAAGCCUGAGUUCAGUUAUGUCCAUAAAGCAUAUAGUAAAUUUUUUGAUACAGUUCGUAUUUAUUGGAAACCAAGCCUUGAUAGAAAUCCUGGAUCUCACUUCUAUGUGAAAUACAGGCUUGAAGGCGAUUAUUUGUACGAAGAAACUAAACAUGAACUUGACAAGAAUUUUAUUGAUGUAAAAGGUUUGAAACGAGGACAAUUGUAUGAAUUUAUUGUAGUUGUUGUGGAUGGAUAUACCAUAAGAGAAUCAGAUAUUGUUGAAAUUGAAACAUCAAGCUAUGUAGCUGGUAUCAUGGAAGCAGAAGAAACAACUGUAUAGUUAUAAAACCAUUCAACCAAGGAGAAACUUAUAAAAAGCACAAAUAUAUAUAUUUCAAUCCGUGGAACAUCUAAGUGAUUUAAUUGCAAGUGGCAUAAUAAACUACCUGUCUGACAUUGAUUAAGUAUAUUUGAUAGACUAUACUAUAUACCAACCUAUGUAAUUAAAAUAAAUAUAUUUUGCGAUGA